AUGGAAAACCUCCUCGCCAACUACACCCAAUUCAUCCAGUACCAGCAGCUUUACGCCAAGAGCAUUCUCCACCAGAAGCUCCAGCAAAAAUCAGAGAUUCACGAAGAGCAGAAGCCAUCCCUCUCUCCUCCACCAAUCACCGUCGGAAUCAAAACUGAAGCUUCUGAGACGAUCACCCCACCGCAGAAGAAAAAGACCGGCUUUUCGAUGGCUGACAUUUUGACUCCAGACGAAAAGCCUUCUCCUCCAGCAACUCCUCCUUCUGCUGGCUCAAUUUCUCCAGUCCACAACAUCCCAAAGAUCCAGAUCCCCCUCGCUCCCGUCCAUCAGAUGGCUCCUCAACUCCCAGUCGCUCCCUACUACGCUCCAAACCUCCAUGCUCUCUACGCCCAACAAGCUCUCCUCGCCCAGCACCACCACCACGCCGCUCUUCAGCAAGAAACAUCUCCUCCACUUGACACUCGACCAAAGCGCGUCCGAACAAUCUUCACUCAAAGCCAAAUCGACCGGCUGGAAGUUGAAUUCAGCAAGAGCCAGUACAUGGUCGGCUCCGACCGCGUCGAACUCGCCAAAGACCUCGACCUCUCCGAAACGCAAGUGAAAGUCUGGUUCCAAAACCGCCGCAUCAAGAGCCGAAAGCAAAAGAAAAUCCAAAACGAGAGCACCGAGGAGCGAUCCGAAUCGUCCGACACCGAAUCCGACACCACCGCCCACUGA